UGUACUCGCUGCCCACAGUUCGUCUAUGCUCUUAAUUAGCACAACUCUUUGGCUUUGCAAUCAUGUCAGGUCCUCGUUUUUUAAGCGAUCGCGCGAUUAUCGUGUGCGUGACGGUUUGCUUGUGCUUUUCGCGACAAACUGACACGCAACAAAAUGUCUAUUAUAAUCCUCAAAAUGCUGCUCAGUCUUUUUUACCUCAACAAUACAGUAGCAAUGUUGAUUCACCAAUACUCACAAGUGGGACUGCGUCUCAAGACAAUACUAGAUAUUCACAACAACAAAUGCAACAGCAGCUACAGCAACAACAACAAAUGCAGCAGCAACUACAACAACAGAGACAGCAACAACAACUUCAACAACAAAGGCAGCAGCAACUGUUGCAACAACAGCGUCAACAGCAACAGCAGCAGCAGCAACUGCUCCAGCAACAACGACAGCAACAAGCAUCUAGAACGUACAGUAGCAUGAAUCAAGGACGUGAAAGCUAUGAUACAUUUGCAUCUAGAUAUGCUCCACCUACUCAACGUUUACAAGCUGGUGCUUUACCAUAUAUUAUAGGAGAAGGUAGACUAGCAGAAAUUCGCUCUGAAUUCCUUUAUUGGUUCUUUGAUAAAGGUGGUGACAAUGGUAAUGGUGAUUAUCAAACCGACAUACAUGGUUCUUCACCUCAGGUUCAUAAAAAUUUCAACUUUCAACUGCCAUUUUUCGGUUUUCGUUUCAAUUAUACACGAGUAUCAAUGAACGGAUACUUGGAAUUUAGUGAUCCUCCUUCACAUUACCGUUAUCCUUUAUCAUUUCCCAUCAAAGAAUGGCCGAAAAAAAACGAUCCAUCAUUCAUUGGUAUUUUCUACAGCAAGUGCCGAAUAGGUUCCUUGAAACCAGAUGAUGAAGACAGAAGACGACCGGGUGUUUACUUUAGAAUGGAGAGAGAUUUACAAUCUCGAACUGACCAAUUUGGUGUAGAAAUGAGGGAAAGGUUAAUGUGGGAUAUCCGUGAAGGUGUUAUAGGUGCUGAAUCUUUUGUACCCAAACAUUCAGUCAUUAUAACUUGGAAAAACAUGUCUUUUGCCGGUGGUAUUGACAAUGCUUUGUAUAGAACCAAUACAUUCCAAAUGGUGCUGGCCACGGAUGAAGUGUUUACCUACGCUAUUUUCAACUAUGCAGAUAUGCAAUGGACCAGUCAUACCGAAGCCGGUGGAGAUACAACCGGCGGUGAAGGAGGUGUUCCAGCCUUCGUAGGAUUCAACGCAGGAAAUGGAACUAGGAGUUUCGAGUAUUAUCCAUAUUCGCAAAGAUCAACUAUAAGAGAUUUAGUCGGUCGAGGUUGGGCUAAUGACUUUCCUGGUCGUCACAUAUUUAGAAUAGAUGAAAACAUCAUGUUAGGAACUUGUAACAAAGAUAUAGCGGGCACUAAUUUACCACUGGUGUUCGCACCCGAGAGUGGAAACAUGUUAGGAGGAACUGUAGUCAACAUUACAGGUCCAUGUUUUGAACGUACAGAUAAAGUUAGAUGCAAAUUUGAUACCGAAGAAGUAGUUGGUACAGUGAUAAACAGAAAUAGAGCAAUCUGUAUACAGCCAUUUUUAAUGGCUGAAGGUUAUGUAAUUUUUGACGUGGCUAUUGGAGACGAAAAAUAUAACUGGAAAGGAAAAUAUUUCGUAGAGACUCCAGCAACAGCUACUGAGCGCAUAAGAUUUCAGGACGGAUCAGUACGGGAAAAAAAUCCUAAAGAGAUAAAAAUUACUUGGGAGAAGCAAAAUUUAACCACUAAUUACGCCACAAAUGUUAAAAUUUCUCUUUACGGUUAUAGAGAAGUAACUAUAUCCCCGGAGCUAGUAUUUAUUGAUUUGAUUGAGGAUGCUGUUCCUAAUUCCGGUGAAUAUGUCAUCUAUCCAAAAGUAUACGAAACUCGUGAAAAUAAUAGAAAUUUAGAUUUAACAUUUGGAUUCUUGCAAAUACAACUUGUGAACCCUUUAACGGAAUCUGGCGUACCAAUAUCACCAAUCAUAUGGAGUAAGCCUAUACCUUUGGGUUGGUACUUUGGUCCUCAAUGGCAACGUUGGCAUGGGGAUAAUUGGCCUGAAAAAUUAUGUGAUGAUUGGAUAAAAAAUGAUAGAUACUUAAAAAAUUUCGCAGCCGAAAUCCAUCAAUGUCCAUGUACAUUGGAACACGCAUUGGUCGAUCGAGGUCGAUUUUUGCCCGAUUAUGAUUGUGAUAGAGAUGCUAAUCCACAAUGUUUAUACAACAAAGGAGCUGUACACUGCGUCACAACAGGAGCGCCGAGUAUGGAAGGUUCUGAACAACAAUGUUGUUAUGAUAAAAACAAUUAUCUAAUGUUAUCUUACGAUCAAAUGUGGGGUUCUCGUCCAAGAAGAUCACAUAAUUUGGGUUUCUUACCUUGGUCAGAAGCCAAUAAGGUACCAACACUAUCUCAGUGGUUUCAUGAUAUGAGCCCAUUUUUCCCUUGUUGUUUGUGGCAGGAAGAACAAGCCGUCGGUUGUGAAACUUAUCGUUUCGAACGUCGACCAUCUCAAGACUGUGUAGCGUAUCAAUCACCUAAUGUCGCCACGGUCUUCGGAGACCCACAUGUGAUUACAUUUGACGACUUAGAGUACACAUUCAAUGGAAAAGGCGAAUUUGUGUUGGUGCAUGUAGACUCCAAUGAAUUCAAAUUUGACGUCCAAGGAAGAUUUGAACAACUAUCUGAUAAUAUAUACGGACCUGUUAUGGCAACUCAACUAACCUCGAUAGCUUCUCGUGAUAAUACUUCUACUGUAAUCGAAGUGAGACUGCGACCAAGGGCUGCUCAAUGGAGAUAUAGGUUGGAUGUAUUUGCUGAUGGUAAACGAGUGUAUUUUGAUAGGCCAGCACUAAAAGUCCAACAUUUUCACGGAGUUACGGUAUACUCACCUUCUUAUACUUUAAAUCAGUCAGAAAUUGUUAUCAUGUUCCAAUCGGGAGCCGGUUUAGAAGUUCUGGAAAACAAAGGUUACAUGACCACUCGAGUAUACAUGCCUUGGCAAUUUAUUAAUAAAACUAGAGGGUUGUUUGGGAACUGGAGCUUUGAUCAAUUCGAUGAUUUUAUGUUACCAAACGGCAUGACUGUAAUGCCCAAUACAGUUGAUUUCGAAGCUACUCACAAGCAAUAUGCGUUAAACUGGAUUUUAGAAGACAGAGAUGAAAAAAACAAAGGAGGAGCUUUGUUCUUCCGGGAGUAUGGCCGAACAGCCAGUUACUAUGCUAAUCGAACCUUUGAGCCAGUAUUCGGAUCAACCCCGGAACUCAUAAUUCCUCCUAAUCGACCAGACGAUAUAAGAAAAGCUCACGAGUUGUGUGGAGACUCGUAUCAAUGUAAAUAUGACUAUUCAGUCAGUUUAAACAGAGACAUGGCAUUUUUUACUUUACUUUACCAAGAUGGAUUUGUUAAUACAAAAAAAAUGAGCAAACAGAAAGUGAUAUCUUGUGGCGUUUUGGAAACUCCGAGAUUCGGACGAAAAAGCAACUUUUUGUUUGUACCUAACACUAAAGUAACGUUUGAAUGCAAUCAAGACUUUGUUUUAAUUGGCGACCAAAGGAGAACCUGUUCAGCCGAUGGUAAAUGGGAUAUACCAGAGUAUGGAUACACAGAAUGCUUACGUCAUCUCGAAUACGAGUCGCGAAGCGCUUGGUUGACCAUUGCGUUGAUUUCGGCCACAAUCGUACCGCUGCUGGUAGGCAUUUGCUGCGUGGUAUCACAGGUGCAUCGGCGGCGUCAAGGUUCUGGGUUCCGGUUCACAUCAGCCGCCGCCAUGAAGCGUCGCAACUCGGUGCUGGCCUUGAGUACUUUGGACCUAUCCGCCAGAAUCGACGACACCGACAAACAACCGGUACAUCAAUCAUCGCAGCGUCAACAGACUUCUUCGUCACCCGUGUCGUCGUCCGACCGGUCGUCGACACAACCGGAAUCAGUGGCCAGCUCCAACAAUCCGCAUCGGUCGUACGAUGGUGUGUAUAAGACCAACGAGCCACUGCCUAAUAGACCAGACGUUCGUUUUGAACCUAAAGUCUGGGACCUGGACGACGAAUAUGAAGGACAACUAAAAAUGAUCCCUAAAAGAAAGGCCAUAUAUGUGGCUGGAUCACCAAAGACAGAUCGUAAGGAUGCGCUCAACAGCGGCGGUCCAUCGGUUGCCUCGCAACGACAGAUAAUACCGUCCAAGCUCAAAGAUUCAUUUUAGACAUCUAAUUGAAAAAUUGUAUCCAUUUGUUUUAUGUUUAAGUAGGACAAUUAUAUAUUUCCAAACAACGAUCAUCAGCAGCGGUACAUUUUGUAAAUAAAACUUACAGCGCGAUCAAUUCGUCUAAUAAAAAUCUAAAGCAUUUCAAAUGUUUUAAAAUUAUAUUAAAAAAUACAUCUAAUACUGAAUGAUCUUAUACAUGUAUAAACUUUUUACUUGCUCAUUUUUUCAUUAUAUUCCUUAGAUAUUAAUAAUUUGAGUACGUUUUGCACGUUAUCUAUCCAAGUCCACUUUAUUGUAUAUAAUUUAUUAUUAUAAAAAGUGUAAAUAUAUUCCACGA